AUGGAGAGCCCACACGAGCACCAGCAAGCGGUGAUUCUCUCACGAAUCAUCAACAAUGUUGAAAAGCUGAAUGAGGCCAUCAUGGUCAUGAACAAGAGUCUCCAGGAGGUCAAUAUCCAGAACAUGAAUGUCGAGCUGGUGGCGCAAAUGUUCAAGAAUUACCAGUCUAAUGUGCUGUUUCAUUUGGAAGCUACUGAGAACUUGAAAGAGCCGUCGCAAAGCGAGUGAUUUCAAUGAGUUCUGAGUACAUAUGAUGGGAUAUGAGAUCAAUCAUGAUAAAGACAUGAGAUACCACAAGGAGUAAAUGU